UCGUCUGGGGUGUUCAUGCAUAACAUAGCAUGGUGUCAUUCCCUGGGAUCCAAUUCUCAACAGCACUUACAGCUCCUUAGAGCAGGACUAUUUCCUGCAAGCUCCACCCGGCCCAAGACCACUUGCACCUUUGAGGUACUAGAUCAUUUUCUCAUUGAUGCCUUGGAAUGCAAGACUUUGGCAAGGAGCUUCUUUGAGAAACUCACAAGGCUAACUAAUAAUGCUUUUCCAGAUACAGUCCCGGUGAGUUUGAGUGCACUUGAUCCAGUAGAUUUCUCUGAAUACCUAUGUAUACAUUGA